AUGGGUUCGUACAGCAAAAAGUCCUCGGCUGAGUGGAUAAUAGACCAGCUCAAUGUGGAAAAUGCGAAGCUUUUAGCAUUUGUCCUGGUCAUAGGAUUUAUUGGCUACCAUGGAGUUCUACAUCUAAAAUAUGGAUCAGACUCCUGCACUUGGCUACUGACUGCGGGAAGAUACAAAGGAGAUCAUGAGUGGCAACCUUACGGCUGUAUGUUACACAAGUACUCCAAAACUGACGCGAGGCGAUGUUUCCGGUACCUUGCGUUCUGGGGCAAGUACAACAGUUUCGCGUUCAUUGGCGACUCCCGGCUCGAACAGCUCUACGAAUAUUUUAUAAGCGUGGUCCGUACUCGACUGGACCUCGACUCGUCAUACUCGACGGUGGAGCAUCGCAUGCCGAACUAUACGUACGUGGACAACAAGCUGCGUCUGUCCGUCACCUUCAUAUACAGCGACGAUGUCUCCAAGACCAUGGUCGACCAGUUCCGUACAUGGCAGCGUUCAGACCAGCCGCCCUCCGUGAUCGUAGCGUCUACUGGCCUACAACUGCUCAAAACUCGAAAUACAACAGAUCUAGUACUAGAAGAAUACAAAAGGAACCUUACGCGCUUGGUGCAAGCUAUAGAUUCGCUUGCAGCACGAAACACACAGGUUCUAUGGAAGUUGAUUGAGGGAGUGGACGUGAACAAAUUGAAGGAUGAUUAUAAAAGGAUCAAUAACAAUGAUAUUGAUUCGUACAACAGAGCUGCUGUAGAGAUCCUGACCCACAGCGCGGCCAAGAUCUGGAAGUCAGCCCUGCUGGUGUCUGCGGAGGGCGGCGUGGAGCUGGGCGGCGCGGCGCUGCGGCACUGCGCGCAGUUGUUGCUGAACAUGUUCUGCAACGACCACAUGAACUACAACGACGGCUCCUGCUGCGCGCAGCCCGAGCCGCAUACUCAGCUACAGCUUCUUACCUUCGCUAUAUUCUUAUUAUGCGGAGUACUCUGGGUUGUCCGUGGCGCUUGGGGAGCGUAUGAGAGGGCACGGUCUCACCUGCAGGGCUACGCCCCCGUCAGUCAGGCUGCGCCCGUCCCUGUCCCCGCCGCCGCGGGGUCUGAUCCCUCUCCCCUCGCCGCAAUGGCUCGGCUCGGCCUCAUCAUGUCUUAUUUUUACUUGUGUGACAGAACCAACUUCUUUAUGAAGGAAAAUAAAUAUUAUUCUGAAUGGAGCUUCUGGUUGCCUGUCGGUUAUGUGUUCGCGUUGGGAUUGUUCUUUACUGAGGACUCCAAGUCUAAUACUGUCCUUCACCGAGAACAGACAGACGAAUGGAAAGGUUGGAUGCAGCUAGUGAUCCUUGUGUACCAAGUGACGGGGGCUAGUAAAGUGCUCCCUAUAUACAUGAUGGUCCGUACCCUGGUGUCCGCGUACCUGUUCCUGACAGGGUACGGACAUUUCUACUAUACAUGGAAGACCGGAGACACCGGUCUGGUCAGAUACUUCAGGGUCAUAUUCCGACUGAACUUUCUGACUGUAGUGCUAUGUCUGACCAUGAACAGACCCUACCAGUUCUAUAGUUUUGUGCCGCUCGUGUCUUUCUGGUAUACGCUGAUGUUCGUAAUCUUCGCGCUCCCACCUCAUAUAACGCCGUCAUCGAGUCACACGGUGGAGUCGCGUCCCUAUCAGUACCUGUACAUUGCCAUCAAGGUGAUAGGUCUACUGGUCAUAGUGACCGUACUCUACAUGAGCGAGGUGUUCUUCCAGAAGAUAUUCGUCACCAGGCCCUGGAAGGCACUGUUUGUAAACUCUGAUGAUGACAUCCAUCAGUGGUGGCUGCUGUGGAAACAGGAUCGGUAUUCGAUGGCGUACGGUAUAAUGUUUGCACUGGCGUACUUAGCGGCGCGCUCCGCUGGCGUCCUGGACGAGCGACUCGGCAACCUGUGGGGCACCGGGGCGUCGCUGACGGCGACCCUGCUGGCGCUGGUGGGGCUGGGGUCGUACGUGACGUUCGCGUUCUUGUGCAGCAACGCGUUCGACUGCAACGAGAUCCACUCGUACGUGUCGUUCCUGCCGGUGGCGAGCUACGUGUGGCUGCGCAACGCGCGCGCGGGGCUGCGGCGGCGCCACUCGGCGCUGUUCGCGUGGGUGGGCCGCGUGGCGCUGGAGCUGGCGGCGGGCGGCGCGCACGCGCUGGCGGCGGGCGGCGCGCACGCGCUGGGCGCGGCGGAGCGCGCCGGCGUGCUGCUGGUGCUGCCGGGCGCGCCGCGCCUGAGCGUGCUGCUGGCCGCCUUCGUGCUGCUGUGCGCCGCGCACGAGCUGCGCCGCCUCACGGCGCUCAUCGCGCCCUACGCCGUGCCCGACGACUGGCGGCUCGUGCUCAGGAACUUCGCCAUCUUCCUCGCCGUCCUCGUACCCAUCGGCAUCCACGACGGCAUGUUCUAA